GAGAGUGAGUCGGAGGCGGCAGAGCGACAGUCAGUCGGGAUGUGUGCGCCCUGAUGGAAGCCUCUGUGUGCCGCCGCCUCCUCUGCGCCUUCACUGCCGCCUCCGUUGUCGCGCUUGCCGCCCCCAACGAGCUGGUCACUGAGGUUCCGAAGUUUGGGAAGACGAUUGAUAACGUGACAAUUCCUGUCAGUCGUGAAGCUGUUCUUGACUGCAUAGUCGAAGAUCUUGGAUCAUACAAGGUUGCCUGGCUGCGUGUGGACACACAGACGAUUCUGACGAUUCACGGUCAUGUGAUCACGAAGAACCACCGGAUCGGCGUGACACACAGUGAUCAGCACACGUGGCAGCUGCACAUCAAAGACGUGCGUGAGUCAGACCGCGGCUGGUACAUGUGCCAGAUCAACACCGACCCCAUGAAAAGUCAGCUCGGCUUUCUACAAGUUGUAGUCCCUCCGGAUAUACUGGACUAUCCAACAAGUACGGACAUGGUGGUUCGAGAAGGCAGCAACGUGACGCUGCGGUGUGAGGCGUCUGGCUCUCCGGCGCCGAGUAUCACCUGGAGAAGAGAGGGCAGUGAAACCAUACCUCUAGCAACUGGCGAGGAAGUUGCCAGUGUUGAGGGAACGACGCUCAACAUUCCGAAAGUGAACAGGCUCCACAUGGGAGCCUAUCUAUGUAUAGCAUCCAAUGGAGUUCCUCCCACUCCAAGCAAACGUAUCAUGCUUAUCGUACACUUCGCACCAAUGAUGACGAUACAAAACCAACUGAUUGGAGCUCAGGAAGGGAACUCGGUGACUUUGGAAUGCAAUUCAGAGGCGUUUCCAAAGUCAAUAAAUUACUGGACAAAGGCGAAUGGAGAGAUAAUAACUAGAAAUUCCAAGUAUGAGCCCGAACUACAUGAUGUGAACGCUUAUAAGAGUCAAAUGAGAUUGACAAUAAAUUAUGUAGAGGAAGAAGACUAUACAACUUAUAAAUGUAUCGCGAAGAACUCAUUAGGAGAGACUGAUGGUUCAAUAAAACUAUACCAUAUACCAGGUCCUUCAACAACAACACAAUCAACUGCUGCUACUGACCUUCCACUGGCUAGAAAAGAGGUUCAAGUCGUCCAACAUAAGCCAAGAGAACGAUUAUCUUCGCCUUCCAAGUCUGAGGGCGAAAAUAAUGACAUUUCACGAACCAGUGACAUCUCAUCCAAAAAAGAUGGAACAACAAAGAGAAAACUGAAGAAAACGGCACCAGAAGUGGCACAAGCAGCAUCUUCAAGCGGAUCGUUUGCGAGAGUGUGUGUGUAUUCGCUGAGGCUCUCGUUGGGACUGGUUUUGCUCACUCUACCUCUGUAAAGAAAAGACUUGUACUUGUUAUAAAAAAUCAUGAACAAUCAAUUUAUUUGUAUUUUCUUCCCAUUGAUUUUUGAUGUUUAUCGAGUCGAAAUGUCGAGUUGGAAGUGAAGAUGCUUUAAGAACUGUGAAUAUUCAUAGCUUGUUCAUUCAUAUUCGUGUAAGAUAUGGAACUGGAUUAUUGAAUCAGGCUCAGAAGUAAUUUUAAACUUUUAUUGAAGAUAUAUUCUUUAUUUCCCGUUCCCACUAAUUUAUGUCAGUGUACCAAUCAUGUUCUUACUCAUGUUCUCAUGUUACUCACGUUCUUAUAGUCAUGUUCAUGAAACACAAAAUUUGAAAAAUGUCUUACACAAGUUACUUGUUUUGUGGUUCAAGAAGAAGUGAUGAAAAUUGAAAAGUACAGAAAAUUAUAAUAUUUGGUACGAUUUUUGUUAGAUUUGAAAAAUAUGUAGAUUGCAAAAAAAUUUAGUUGUAUGGAUUUGAAUCAGUAAAGAUUAUGCAAUUCAAUGUUCAAAUAUAUGAAUUCCAAUAAUAUUCGAGAAAUAUUCUUUCAAGUAUCAAAACUGGUUUCACUCAAACAAUUGAUUUCGUUGAGUAAUGAGUCUCUGCAAACUCUAUGUGAAUUCCAAUUCGUAUUGGAGGGUUGACUGAAAGAGAGGGCCGUCUGUGCCCUAACUCCGCCCUCCUAGGUAAAAAUAAAGGCAGCUAUUCUAUUCUAUUCUAAAUUCUCUGUAACAAAUAAUUAUUGUGUUUGAUCAGAAUUCUGAUGGGUUUUCGAUAUCAACCAAUAUUCUCAUUCCAAAUCAAUCAAUAAUCAUAUUCAUAGAAUAGUAUCAUAGAACCCUUUUUUGAAAUAAAUAUAAAUGAUAGAUUAGAAAUACAAAUCAAAACAAUUAUAUUGUUUCAAUUAUUAAAAUAACUAAUUAUUAGUUUCGAUGUUCUACAUCGUCUUCAGAUUUUAAAAAAGGAAUUUUAGUUCAUUUCUUGUUUUAAUUUGGGUUUUGAAUCUAUUAAUUCAUAUUAAUUCCUGAAAGGGUACUAUAAUGCUAUUUUAUAAAUAAAAAUAUGUGGCACUGAUUACAUACAUUAUUUGACAAUAUAGUUGCUCUCAUUUCUGAAUUAAUUGCAUAUAAUAUAUAUAAGAUAUAUUAUAUCUUUAUACGCAGUGUUACUAACCAAUGCUAUCUUUAUUGAAUUUAAUUGUUAAGUAUGAGAUAUCAUCCCAAUAAAACUUUUAAAUGUAGCGUUAUUCCAAACAAUAGUUGAAAAAAGCAGAACAGUACAAUCAGAUUGGAUCUCCACUUGAAAUGAAAUUACCAUCUUCAGAUUCGGAUGAACUAGGGGUAAAUUUACUCAUACAAUCGAAUUGGAUAAUCGCAAACGGAACCAAUAAUAAUUAUUGAUGAAAAUAGAAUAAUUAUCAUGGAAAC